CAUGGAAUAGUUUACCCAGGACUCUCCUGACACACGUUGUAUCUAUUCCAGCCAGAAGGUGAAGCUUCGAACCCCAAACGCACAAUGCCGUUUAAAGGAGGAAUGCGUGGAAACAAGAGCAUAUCUGGAUUUGGGACCCAAAGCCGAAUGAACUACAGCGUUCUAAACCGUAGCAUGAUGGGCAGUAGGAAGAGCAUCAGUCUGAAUGCUGACAGCAAGAUUAUGGAUAAAAACUCUUUUGUAAACAGCAAGCAAGCUAUUCAGGUUUAUGAUAACGACGGAAACAAUGUUACCCCGCGUCCCCUCUUUCAGCCAGAGCCCGGAUCAUUGGCUUUCAAACACCAUAAGCACUUCACACCCCAAGACGCGUCUGGAUUAGUGACCUCCGAUAUCUUCACUUCCAUCUCCAUGCAGCAAACUGUGAUUAACACGAGUUUUAUUGGCCCAUUUUCAGGGUCCAUCUAUGGAGACGGCAACCUUUCAAAAUCAGGCCGGGAGGCAGAGCCUCAGCAUGAGGAUUUCGACGAUCAUGUUUACCGCCGCCAUGUCCCCGAUGCUCCUGUUAAGCAGGUGGAGGUUCCAGAGCAGCUGGGUGAAGAGGAACUAAAUAAAAUGGUAGACAUAGAGCUCACGGAGACGGACACACUCUGGCUUUUUGACAUGCCGCCCAUGCUUGUGGCUACGGAUUCAGAGGAGGCUGAAAGUGUCAGGUUACGAAACCAAACCUAUACAGAGCUUUGUAAAAACAGAGUCGGAAAUGAUCGAUACGUUCAAAGAAUGGUGCAGACAAUUGUUGACGCUCCGAAGAGUAAAGAGGUUCAGUGCGAACAGAUUGUCUUGGAAGAUGCAGGUGUAAUGGCAUCGGCAUGGGACAUGUAUGAUUCAUAUAAUUCACUUGAAGAACCUCCAGUGAAAGAAUCGGACGAGGAAAAUAUUGCAUCGGAAAGUAUUACGGACAGCAGGGGAAGUGUAAGCAGAGCAACAACGUCCUACAGCUCUGUAGACAGGGGAGAUAUAAAUUCAAGUGCGGUGACAGACCUAGAGAAACUUACUGUACGAAGGAUAUCACCUGGGAAUGUGAACGAUUCCGAAGAAAUAUUGAAUUCAGAGAAAUUUAAACAAGAUCUUUUUUUCAUGGAAAGGAUUUUGGUGCAAAAUAUAUUUCAGCCCAAAUUGGCUGCAUACAGACAACUACCAGUCAUUACAGAUCCCGAAGCCGCAGUAGAACCCGAUAAAGCAGUAACACCCGUUGUGACUUCCCCUAGUCUAGAUCGAUUGUGGUCGUUUAUCUGUGAUAUAACUAAAGGCCAUAAUGUCAGCAGCAUGUCCUGGAACAAAAAGAACCCAGACCUGUUGGCUGUUGGUUAUGGACAGUUUGGUUUUAAAGAACAGAAGGCAGGCUUGACUUGUUGUUGGUCAUUGAAGAAUACUAUGUGGCCGGAACGCAUCUUUCACUGUCAAAGUGGAGUCACAGCCGUGGACUUCUCCGCUUCAAAUCCAAAUCUGCUCGCUGUUGGGAUGUAUGAUGGCAAUGUAGCAAUAUACAAUGUGCAAAGCAGUAGCAAAGCCCCAAUACUGGACACUAGUGAGAACCCAAAUAAGCACAUAGGCCCCGUGUGGCAGCUGAAAUGGAUCGAACAAGACCAGGUUACCCUGGCAGAGGAUAAAGGCGAAAUCCUGGUAUCAAUCAGUGAAGAUGGCAGAAUUGUGAGAUGGCAUACCAGGAAGGGACUGAACUGUAAUGACCUGAUGAAAUUAAAACGCACAGGGAUCAAGAAAUCCAGAAAGGCAACCGCCAUAAACGAAAAGAAAGGGGAAGCACUGAUUUCACGCCAGGCUCAAGGAAUGUGUUUUGAUUUCCUUCCAAAGGACUCAAACAUAUAUCUGGCUGGAACCGAAGAAGGACAUAUACAUAAGUGUUCCUGUUCAUACAACGAGCAAUUUCUAGAUACAUACCAGGCACACAAGGGUCCAGUGUACAAAAUCGCUUGGUCUCCAUUCUGUCCAGACAUAUUCCUAAGUUGUUCAGCUGACUGGACAAUUAAUUUGUGGCGCCAAGAUAUUCUGAAACCCAUCUUAACAUUCGCUGCCACCACGAACGCUGUGUACGAUAUCAUGUGGUCUCCAGUAUCUCCACUGGUGUUUGGAACUGUGAAUGAGACCAUGGUGGAAAUUUGGGAUCUAGCGGUCAGCACUUUAGACCCAGUCAUCGUGAGUUUGGCAAAUCCAGGGGUUAAACUAACAUCGAUAUUAUUUGCUAAAAAUACAGAUUGUGUUCUGAUUGGAGACAGUGAUGGACAAGUUAGCGUGUAUAAACUGAGUAACAUCUCAAGCUCCAAUGUUCCAGAGGUAAACGCUUUAGAGGACUUAAUUGGAGCUACAUUGGCCAGUCAACUGUGAUUUAUGAUCAGAAACUUGCACUAAGUGGACAUUCCUGAUAAUGUCACAGCACUGACUUGAAAUAGCUGUGAUUUAUAUAAUUAAACAAAUUAUAUUAUGUGUUUGCUGAGUAUUUGUUGCUGAAUGGGUUACUUUUUCCAGGGUAACUCAUAUUUAUGUUUUUACAAAUCAUAAAAGGUUCUCAGAA